GCGUGCGUGGUGGGGACCAGGAGCAGCAGCAGUGGAUGGAGGAGGAGUAGGAGGAGUAGGCAGAGGAGGAGGAGGAAGAGGAGUAGGAGGAGGAGGAGGAGGAGGAGGAGCUGGUGGGACGAACAGGUUGUGAGGAGCGUCAGUGUGGGCUGGCGACGGGCCGUGUGUGGUGGUGACGGUGGUGGCGGCGGCAAGCUCGUGCUGUCUAUGCUUGUUACGACUCUCUCUUCCCCUCCCUUGCGCUCUUCUCCUCUCUUACUCUCUUCGCUCUCUUCCUGCCAGUCCUCUCGGCGUCUGGGCCACCUAAUGCUGAACUCAACACGGAACAGCUGACUCAGAGCAACAUGUAAAUCACCAAUCACUCCCUCAGCAGAUUGAUACUCGUGAUUCAUGUACUAAUAAAAAUUAAAUGAUACAAGGAUAACACUUCGAUAGCUAAACAACUAGUAGAGCCAAAGAGCAGGACUGUAGCAGCUAUCGAGGCCCGUGACAAGAAGGAAGGGCGGAAGGAGCAGCUGCCGGGAUCCAGACACACACACACCGUCGGGAAGCGCUUCACAGCAACAGGUCCUCGUCCUCCUCCUCCCCUACGCCUCCCGCAGCCAGUGGUCGAGACGCGACGCUGGGGACAAAGACACUCUUCACAACCUUGACGAGUGUGCCGCGCGUCUGUCCCACUACCAUCCCAUCUGGCGUUAAUUAUAUUGAGGCGGCGAGAGACAGCAAGACACAAGUUCUUACAGAUGCAGCUGAGCACCAAUGUGAUGGAGACGUGGAAGCUGACUAAGCUGUGAAGAACUGAGGGAGCGAAAAGAGUGUGCCUGAGAGGGCCGCACACCAUGUCAACCCCACACAGCAUACCCAGCCCUGCACACGCCACAGAACACGCAUGCCGUGACCCUGACUCCAGCCACAACAAGCAGUAAGAGGGUUCAAAUCGCCGUUCGAGUUGCCGCAAAGCCUCCGUGGCUCCUCUAAGGCAAGAUGUAUGGAAUGGUGGGCGGCGGGGGCGGGGCGUCGGGGACUGGCAGCAACAAGUCUAAUUCCCGACGCAACACGCAAUACCGCUCCUCUGCCAACGCUGCCGCCGGCGCCUCCUCUGGGGGAGUGAGCCGCCCUUCCAGGUCCCUUUACCGACGACUCCUUACCUUCAUUAAGCAGGCGUGGACAGGAGUCAAAUUUGGCUCAGACACGGAGCUGGACAUCAUCGAGCAAGAGCCACGAUAUCGCCCCGAGGACAUCAACGCCCUCUGCCGCACCACGCACUUCACGCGGGCCGAACUGCAGCGCCUCUACCGGAGUUUCAAGGACCGAUGCCCGACGGGAGUGGUGAGGGAGGAUGCUUUCAAGGAACUCUAUUUCCAAAUGUUCCCCAAAGGAGCUAGUUCCAGCAAGUACCCUCACUACGUUUUCAACAACUUGGACAAAGAGAGCACGGGUAUAAUCAACUUCGAGGACAUGAUCAAGCUACUGUCGCGUCUCUCCCGUGGCUCCCUAGACGACCGCCUCAAGUGGAUCUUCUCCCUCUACGACCUGAACGGCGACGGCUGCAUAACGCGGCAGGAGAUGACGGACGUGGUGCAGGCGGUAUUCGAUCUAAUGGGCAAGCACACCGACACCCCCGUGGACGAGCAGACGGUGGGGCAGAAGGUGGAGACGCUCUUUACGACACUUGACCUCAACAAGGAUGGCGUCAUCACGCUGGACGAGUUCACGGAGGCAUGCGGGCGGGACGGCACCAUCGCCUAUAACAUCGACGCCAUGCUCCAAGGUGACAUCAUCUGCCUCAGUUCCGCCGACCCCGCCCCGUCCGACGCUGCCUCCCGGGACAUCAGCAGGUGACGCCACUACUCGCCUCGGAGGGAGCGCAAUACCUGCAUCAUCAGAGCAACUACGUGAUUUGGUCUUUAAUGCCAAUAUCUUCUUUCAGUUGUUAGAACUGCCGCGUGAUCGGAGUAAGAGAGUUGACACUGCGAUCAUCUCUCUCUCUCUCUCUCUCUCUCUCUCUCUCUCUCUCUGUCUAUCUGUCCAUCUAUCUAUCUAUCUAUCUAUCUGUUGAUCUACCUACCUAUCUAUCUAUCUUUCUAUCUGUCCGUCGCGCGCGUGGAAAGGUCAUGCCUGCGGUGUACCACCUCUGCUGUGUGUGUGUGUGUGUGUGUGUGUGUGUGUGUGUGUGUGUGUGUGUGUGUGUGUGUGUGUGUGUGUGUGUGUGUGUGUGUGUGUGUGUGUGUGUGUAGAGCGCAUAACAGAGGGCCUCCGAGGAGCCAUGCUACUCGUAUAGUUUGUUGAGUAGCGAAUCCUCCGCGGCGGCACAAGGAGAAGUUAAAGGAGGCACACGGAAUGAGGAUGGCCCAUGAAGUGCUCCCAUGAAGUGUGUGUGUGUGUGUGUGUGUGUGUGUGUGUGUGUGUGUGUGUGUGUGUGUGUGUGUGUGUGUGUGUGUGUGUGUGUGUGUGUGUGCUUGCUAUCAAUGAUAGUCGCACACUCAUGUGGCCACAAUAUGAAAAGUUUAUCAUGUGCGUGGGUUUCCUGAAUGUUGUUGGUGCGCAGGAGGCUUUCCUAACGGUGCACAAUGACGAGAUAGAGUUAAUCUCUUCAGUAUUCAAUCUAUAAUGCGGCUCCAAGCUCGGCCUUGUGGCGUGACAAUGAGUGAAAUGGUAUGCAAAACAACGCGGUGUCCUUGAAUUUUUUAGGUUUUAUGAACGAUACUCAUUUUACCUGCCAUUAAAUUUCAUCAACGACAGAAGAGGCAGGGAGCCGCCUCGCAUUCUCUCCAAGAAAGGUGGGGCGGUGCCAUCUAGGACUUUCUAGGUAAUCCGGGCCGCCUUAUUCUCCGCCUCGGCCGUUGUCAGAUAAUCAAAACGGGGACGAAAUUUUCCCCAGCCUUAGGACGCCCCGCAACCCGCACUCAUCAACCACUCCUACACUCGACCCAAAUAUUUUGAUUAGUAAGCGUAGAUUUAUAUAUAAAAUACAUAUGAAUAUAUAUACAAAAGUUUAACGACAUAUUUUCUACUUAAUAGUUAGUUUAUAUAAGACGGUUUGCUAUCCAGGUAGAAUUUCUUUAAAGAUAUACUAUAUGAAGCUUAUAUAUAUAGAAAAAAGGAUUUAUACUGAGAUGAAUAAAAACGUGAAUAAAUAAGAGUCCACGUCACAAAAGAGGACUGUUGCCCGAGCGAAGACACGCUAACCGAACUGUGAGUAAGCGGCUCGGUGGAAAGGCAGUGGUCAAACAAAAUACGCAUCCUUCUUCUCUGACAGCAUGGACAGCAAUGGCCACAAAGAAAGCCACACCUGUAUUAUUUCACGAAAAAAAAUAACCAUGGCAUGGAAAAAAAUACGAAACAUUCCUAUCACGCUAUUUCAACCUGAUAACUCGUCCCUUGCCAGAGGAGGCCACACUUAUCUAAUUAACAUGGAAGGUUCAAAGUCGUAAAGAUACUUGGGAAUGUGAUUGUCUCUAAGGCUUUCAUGUGAAUUUCUUCAAUACUUAUCAUUUAUUUAAAUAUUCCAAUAUUUUCAAAGUUCAUUCUUCAUAGGACAUGAGAUGGUAGUUUUGAAAAUGUGCCUUCUCAAAUUGUUUGUUAUGCAAUGCCUUAACUGAAUAUUUACCAUCGUAAAAUGUGAGCUCUCUAUAAGACAUAGAAAAAAUAUAGAUGAAUUAUAGAAUUAUCAAAUCUAACUUAUAAUAAAAAAAAUUAAAAACUCAUAUUUUGUCGUUAAUCUUCAUUGUCAGAUGCUUAAACGACCAGUGGAAGCAACACGCUCAGCCUCACAGUGCGUCACCUUCGUCUGCAGUAUAGUCACCUAGCUUCGCUCGGGCAACUUUAACACAACCACCGAAUCAGUACCUACUUUCUGAAACCCAUACUGAAAUUUGCUGCCAGUAUUCCAGACACUAAGAAAAUAUUGUUUAUUCCACUAAUUCCACAUCCGUAAAUUUCAAGCAGAUCUAUUUCGUUACCCUUGACAAAUAUGGUACAAAAAAUCAAAUUAUCACUGUGAUAACCCAUGUUUUGGCCCCAUUCUUAUUUCCUAACCAAACCCGCCACACCACACCCUUAAAUGUGACGCACAGCACUGAACCAAGAUCAUGCCUGGUGGUAGUACACAUUGCUGCUAGAAAUUACAUGGUUCCUGGAUUGUCAUUCUACCAGUGUUCAUGGCAAAUUUCAUCAUAUUUACCUUCUUAACCCGUCAUUGCAUCUGCAGUCAGCUUAAUUUAGCAGGUUCUGUACUAUAGAUGACUCUAGGCUGUUACAUUCUCAUUUUGUUACGACCUGCUACUAUGGAUUUAUUUUUUUAGGCAGCGUCUUACUGAUUGUUGCUGCUGGACAAUGUAUAUAUCGCCUGAACACUUCGCCAGACUAUUGAUGCCAAGCUGAGCCACGACGAGCGUUCAGUUACUUUUGUGAUACGUGGAGGAAAGCAACAGGAAAUAUGUAUUACUAAGAAAUACUAUCUGGAACCGAAAACAAGAUAAUAAACACUUUUUGAAGAGCCUCUCUCUCUCUCUCUCUCUCUCUCUCUCUCUCUCUCUCUCUCUCUCUCAUUUUCACAUUCUCAAGCCAUUACCUAUUAAACAACAUUUUCCCUGUUCCGUUUUUUAGAGGACCAAGGAAUAGUGACAUGAUAUGAUAUAUGAGUAAUAAAGAUAUUUUUCGUAUUAACUGCCAAAUACUAGACUAGCUACUUGUUAUGUAUCUCACUCGUAAACAGUCGUAGCAAUGCGUGUGUGGCCGUGUAACCAACAUUUUCCCUCUACAUUAUGUUUUUCAAGGAGCAAAAUGCUUCAGUCUUGAUGAUAAAGUAAGUUUUGUCCCAAGUGAGGAUCCAGGUGCUCUACACUUGACGUGAAAGACACAGCAGGUCUACAUCAUCGCCGCGGUGGGCAACGUCCUGGUAAAUAAUCAAAUUCCACAAGUAUCAAUA